AUGGCAGUUCUCAAGGAUCAUCUGGUUGUGAAUCUUCUUAAGGAAGCACAGAGCCCCCAGAAUAAGAUUGCAGUCGUUGGGGUUGGUGCUGUUCGCUUGGUCUGUGCCAUCAGUAUCUUAAUGAAGGACUUGGAGAUGAACUUGCUCUUGCUGAUGUCUGUGGAAGACAAAUUAAAGGGAGAGAUGACGGAUCUCCAACAUGGCAGUCUUGUCCUUAGAACACCAAAGAUUGUCUCUGGCAAAGACUAUAAUGUGAUUGCAAACUCCAAGCUGGUUAUUAUCACAGCUUGGGCAAGUCAACAAGAGGGAGAAAGCUGUUUUAAUUUGGUCCAGCAUAACGUGAACAUCUUUAAAUUCAUCAUUUCUCAUGUUGUAAAAUACAGCCCCAAUUGCAAAUCGCUUAUUGUUUCCAAUUCAGUGGAUAUCUUGACCUAUGUGACUUGGAAGAUAAACGGCUUUCGCCAAAACCGUGUUAUUGAAAGUGGUUGCAAUCUGGGUUCCACUGGGUUCUGUUACCUAAUGGGGAAAAGGCUGGGAGUUCACCUAUUAAACAGUCAUGGGUGGGUCCUUGGGGAGCAUGGAGACUCCAGUGUGCCUGUAUGGAGUGGAGUGAAUGUUGCUGCUGUCUCCCUGAAGACUCUGCGCGCUGAUUUAGGUACUGAUGCAGAUAAGGAAGAAUGGAAAGAAUGCAGAUCCACUUUGGGGGAUCCAAAAAGAGCUGCAGUUUUAAAGUCUUCUAAUGUCAUACCACUUCACUGUUUAGGGCGCAAUAGGAUUUUAGUUGGAGGUUGUGCAUAUUGUUCUUUUUAUCUGAUCCAUGACUAA